AACGUCGGAAGCCUUGAUGCAUGUAGUGUGUGUUUACUGCAGCUGGAGUGGGCCACAGACCAGAGAAUAGUGACAAAGAAACUACCUCACUGGAAAUGCCCUCAUUACCAGCUUCUGAUGGGUUUCAAAAUCCAGUCCAGUCUUCAGGACUAAAUUCCAAGAUCUGUAAUCCCACAAAUCAGUUACUUGAUCGUUCUGUCUCUGCCCCUGCUUCAAUUUGCUCAUCCGAAUCCAGCCUUGCAGAGCCCAUUGAUCCUAGAACUGUCAGCUCUUCACCUGAACACCAGAUAACCCCAGAAAAAGAACAACCUCUGGUAUCACAGCAUCAUUCCAAUAGCUCUUCCUUGGCAAAUAAUGACCCUUCCCCACACACCGGAGAUGGAACCUACUCCAAUCCAGCUUGCCUUUCACAGAAGACACUCACAGAAACAUUUAGUGCUGACAUUUUAAAGGAAUGUAAUGCUAAAGGACAAGAUCAUGGUCAGGAACAUCCUCUGGAAGUGACAAAAGUAAAUUUGGAUGACACUGCUGCCAAGCACAGGCGGGAUAAAGAUAUCUGUCUGUCUUCAGAGCAGGAGGAAAAACAUGAGCUUCCCACAGAUCAUCGGAUGUGCAAAGAGCCAGAAAAGGAACAUCUUGAGGAGCAAACUGAGACAACUGACCCAGAACCUCCUUGCUGUGUUGGUGGGGUUGAGAAACCUGCUGUGGCAAAAGCCAAACAGCCAGAAAAUUCUCCUACGGAAAUGAGAGAUAGACUGGAGAGAGCAGGUCUUUCCUGUGUGAAAGGGAGUACCCAACUGUCAGCCUCCUGUAGCCCUGUGCACACAGAAGCCUCAAUGGAAAUAGAUGCAGUGGAGCAGGCUGCAGCUGAAGCGCAGAGCUCAGCAAGGCAGCAGAAGCAGCAGACUGAAAACAGAUGUAUAUCCAACCUGAACUCGGAGGCCUUGUCCAUGGAGGUGGAGUUGCUGAAGUCUCUGUCCUCCUUGAGUGAUCCACUUUCCCCCAGUGAUGUCCUGCAGUCUAAAAGCACUAGUGAAAUUCCUGUAGAGUAUCAUGAGUUGGCUAAUUCAGCAGCAGACAGCUCUUCCCCCUCCAGAACCCAACAGCUGGAUGUAGAUCCAGGAAGACCUUCAGAAGAGCCAUGUUUCCCUCUAGCAUCAGCCUUGAAAGAGCUUCAUAAACUCUUGGUUAUCAGUCGGAAAGAAGAAUGUAAGAUCCUUGCCUCAGAAGUCUCACAGCUGGAAAUGGUUCACAGAGAGCCAGCAGUGCAGCAGAAGGGACUUCCUGAAGGUGAGCAGAAAGGCUCAGAUCCAGCCAGCCAGAAACAGAGCUGUUCCUUCGCUGAGGCAAGGUAUGAGGGUGGGGAAGCAGAGGGGAGCCAACCUUGUGAUUCUGGCAGAGAGCACAUCAGCACCAGGUCCAGCAGUCCUGGGCAGCCUGUGCUCGGGGGAGGUGCUUUAGAGAGGCAGAAGAGUUCAGGUAAGAGCGAUGUGUUUGUGGUGAGUUCUGCAGCAACCCCUGGCCAGCAGCAGAGCCCAGAGCAGAAGGAGGUUUUGGCAAGAGGUUCUCAGAGUCCACCUCAUCCAACUUCAGAGCAAAGCACACCUGUUUCCUCCACAUCUGCUUUGGGUGAAGGAGCACCACAGGAUACUCAGACACUGUUCACAGGAGCACCUGGGAGAAGUGGCAGUGCUGCUCCUGAAGGUCUGUGGCCAGUGGAUGGGAGUGAAGAACCACCACUGAGCCCUCCAUCUGCCUAUACCAGACUGACCACAGGGGCUUCUCCAGCCCCAGAUUUCCCUGUGGCUGAUGUUGACCGGAUCCUUGGUGCUGGUUUUACCCCACAGGAAGCUCUUCAGGCCUUGGAACAAGCAGGUGGAAAUGCAGAUCUUGCUCUUCUCAUUUUGCUAGCCAAGAGCAUCGUUGUUCCCACAUAACUGUGGAAGAGGGAGCUGACUGGGGGAUCUUUUCUCCUACGGGAGUAUCUCAAUUACACACCACAAUGAACAAGCAGAAUGUUGAGCCAGAUUUUUAAAAUUAUUCGCAGCCAAAGUAACACAUCUCUUCUGUUUCAUUUGUUAGAUUUGGCCUUUGAAAAGAAAGAAAACAUCUUUGUAUUGUGUGGACAGGAUAGCUUUUAAUCAUGCAUACUGGAUUAAAACUACUGGUUUUAUUUAAAUGUACAAUCUUAGAAUAAUCUUCAAUGCUACAAAUAAAAAGCAGCAGCCGCUGCGCUCACUGCCCUGUCUGGAACAAAGCAGGUUGUGAUGAGGAUUGGCCACAUGUGCACAGGAGGGGAGGUGCAGACUAAGUCCAGUGUGGACUCCGGAUUUGUUGCAGCUCCUUGGAACCCAACAUCCAGCUGUUGAAAUUAUUCUGGGAGCUGCUAAAGGUGUGUAGAUGCUCAUGGAUGUGUAAAGCUAUGCCAGAGGAGCAAGGGGUUUUCAUGUGUGCACAGAGAAGGCUGACGUUUAUUUUUGCCAAACCCUUUUAUGCUUUGAUUUAGAAUUGGACUCAAUGAUUCUUGUGUGUCCCUUCCAACUCACAAUAUUGUGUGAUGCUCUUGGGCCAGUGUGUUCCAGUUUACAACAUGGGGAUAGAAGAAGGGAAGGGAUAGAAUUUGGUGCUACCAAAACUUACAAGAUACGUUUUAACUUAUUUGGAGAUAUGAUGGUAUUAACUGUAGGGAUGAGGGGAGGGAAAAGGAAUAUUGACAUUUUUUUUCUAGACUUGCCCACAUCAUAUUUUUCCUCAUGCAAAAAGAACAGGUUCAAGCAGUUUAAGGCUAAACCUUAAUGAUAAAUUUGUUUAACAAACCAACUGUGUGUUACAGCUCUAAAUCUCCCUGUGCCCAGGGAGGAAUGAACUUCAUCUCAGUGGCUCCAAGCAGGGCUGUGAUUGGAAGAAGGAAGAAUCUGCUUUGCUCUGGUUUGUUUGGGGUUGAUUUGCCUCUUGACUGUGGAAUGCCAUGGCUGGGGGUACUGAUCUUACACCUGCUCAAGAGCAAGGGCUUCCCAGCAAGGUUCAUGGAAUAAAUGCACUGAUGUGGCUUCUGCAUUACAGCCAUUGUCUGGGAUAUCUCUGGUGAGUCACCUGAGUGGUGAGGCCUCACCAAGGCUGUGCUGUAGGAAGUCCUUUCCAAAUGCCUUUUUGAGGGGGAAGAAUUCCUUUGUGAUGUUCUGCAAAGCCCCAAAACUCCAUCAGGGCUGGGGAAGGGAAAGGAAAGCAUGGCUGAAACCAAAUUUUAAGUAGGAGCUUUGAUUUAGUCUCACUUGCAAAUCUCAGGAGUGGCUUUGUGUUAAGUGUUCGUCUUGAACUUGACACAUUGAGCUAAACCUGGAGCGAUGGCUCAGCAGCACCAGACACAUUUUUGUUCAUGGCUUCCAUGUGGUGGUGUGGUUGUCUCAGGCCUGUGUCCUGGUGUUUGUGUUCCCUGUUGCUUUAGCAGGUCUCCUCUGUAUGUGCUGGGCUGGUUUUAUGCAGGUGGUAUUUAAAAACAGCACAGAUUUGGUUUCAUCUGUCACCUCACAGGAGUUUGUGCUGUCAUUGAAUGCUGGUGUCAGAUUUGCCUCAGACACUUGGGCUGCCAGAAGAUCCUUUGGAGUAAUAGAGGGCUUUAGGCAUUUCACUGUCAAUGGAGCUUCUCAGUGAGCUGGGACAGUACCAUCCAGACAUGGAGGUCCCAGACAGGUUUGGCUUACAUCCCUCUGCUUGUGAUGCUAGCAGCAGGCACUGCUCCAUGUGGGAAGCAGUGCUUGGCUGUCUGGAGCAGCAUGCAAUGACUCACUUGAUGCUCUGCUCAAAAUGAGUUACUGAGGCCAGACUGCAGCUUUCUUAUCUUCACCGGGCAGGUGGAGGUACCCCCAGUUACCCUUACUGAAGGUGGGGUUUAAUAUUCUCCUUGCAAUGAGCACCUGAAAUCAGCAGAAGCCCCUCCGUGAAGAGCAGUGCUUGUAUUAGCAGGUCUCUCUAGAAGCCUUAGGAAAUAGAAUAUAUCAGACCCAUUCCUGUGUGCAUCUGGUUCACCAUCAGAAGCAGCAGCAAUGAGGCUCCCAGAUCCAGAGCGACUUCAGAGGGCUGAAUCUGCUGCUGAUUGGCACUGCAGGGCUUGGUGAGGUGGCCCUGGGAGCAAAGUCACACAGGAACCAGGGGAGGUUGGCUCUCUUGGAUGCCGAAGAGCUGAACCUGCACCGUUCGUCCGCAGGUGGAUCUACUGCCAGCUGCUUGGAGCAGCAGAUGUUGCCUACUCAGUGUUGGCCACUCAGUGUUAGCCCCUUGCAUCACUCUGUUUUAGAAGCUGUUGCUCAGCUGGCCCAAGUGGUGCUGCUCUGCACCAAGCUGGUGACAGGCUCUGCUCUCACGGCCAUGCUGACUUGGCUGUGCGUACAGAAUUUAUGCCAUAAAAGCUUUAGAGCAUCAGCCAGUCUCUUCAAUGCUCAGUUUUAUUCCUUGUCAAAUAUAAGUUUUGAAUCCUGCCCUUUUGCCAAAACUGUAUGGAAGCAUUUAUCCAUAGUGCUAGAAUUGCAUGAGUAACUCUCUCCAAACUGCUAGAAACAAACCUUGACCCCCAACUGAUAAAUAUUUCUAAAACUUUCAUGAAGUAGGUCCGAGCCAGGUGAUUUAAAUCUCUUCAUUUCCAAGCCUUGCUUUGAUGUGCUGCUAAAUUAGUGAAUAAUUUUUUUAGGAGCAAGAUUUAGUAUGAAAUUGGGGCAGUGGUGAGUAAUUAAGGUUAAAAUAAAAUGCAACAGAAUGUGUGUUUAGCGAAUGCUGUCUAAAAGUUGUCUUUGUUUCAACCUGUGUCCUCUCUGCUGCAUGCACACGCACAUCCUCUGUUCAGCCUCUGGCAGUCCCUUCGCUGGUCCCUGUGCUGGCCCACACAGGGCGGGUAUUUAUAGGAAAGGAGGGAUGGCAGAGUGCUAUGGCUUAUUGGCUGCAGCAUUGGAUAAAGGUACCACCAACAGCUGUUCAGGUUUCUGAGGAGCCAGGUAUUCCAGCCUAAAAUCAGGCACUUGGUUCUUUUGUCUUCCCCCUCCUCAUUAACCACUGCUGCAGUGUCUUAAUGUCACAUCACUUAACAAAGGGAUUUCACCAUGAAGUCCAGCUCUAAGAGAGUAAAGCAGUGCUCGGAAGCUGCUUUGUAAAGCUGCCAGUGCCUGUGGGGUCCCACGCGGGUUUGUAGCGUUUCUUUCUGGGUGUGCCCUGGAGCCACUCCUGGUUUCUGAGAUUUGCUUUUUUUCCUUAAAAAUACUGAAGGAAUUCACUUGGCCCCUUGGUGACUGCGUGUUUAUGUACACAAGGCCGCAAGUGAACACACAGAUGAUGUUUAGUGGAAUCCAAACAUCUGGAAUUUUCUGGGCAUGGGUAACUCUGACAAGAGGAGGGAAUAUUCCUGGUGCCCAUCCCUAGCAUGUUUACCUGGUGCAGGACAGAGCUGAGAUACACUGUUACCGUGACAAUCUCUGCCUCUUUGCUGUGUAUGUUUAACUUUCUAUGUAGACACUCAGUCUCCAGGAUGAUUAACCUUGUAUGUCCUCCAUGUUCCCUUCUUCUGUCUCUCCCUCUUGCCGUCUCCUCUUCUCAAAAGUAGCAAUAUUUAAGUGUACUUGCUGAAUGCUUCAGAUCCAUUUUCUGUAAAACUAUGCCAUUGACGAACAAAAGAAGGAGCAGGUCCUAGAGAUUUCACCAGACUUGGACUUUCUGCUAAAUGACUCCCCAGACCUCUAACAGAAAUUCAAAGAGGAGAAAUCCAGAGGUAUUUCUGCCUGCUUCUCUCAGAAGUAAGCUUGGGAAACGGGGUUGGUUUCAUGUCCAUCAUUCCCCUCUGAAGCGCUCAAGGGAUUUCUUCCUGCACUGUGUAGACAAGGCUUAGUCCGUGACCCAAAGCGCAGCAGUUUGGGUCACAUUUUGACCGAUGCUUCAGAGUUUUACAGACUCACUUAGGGAACUUGUGGGAAUCAAUACUCAGGAAUCCUAAAGCUGGUUGCGUUUUGUGUCAUUAACUCUUGUGGGCUGAACACACUGCGGCCUCACAGGCGGCUGAAGAGAGGAGUGGGUGAGUCAUCAAUGGGAUGUGGUUCUGCCCGAAGUAAUACACACUUGAUUAUUUUUUUGAUUUUUUUUUUAAUAUUGGGGGACUGUUUAUCAACAAAUUAUGUGUAAAAACAUUUGAUAUUUUAAAAAAAUUAAUAAACACUUUAUCAUAA